CAACUCCUGGGAAACCAUGGCUUCUUAUCCCGACAUUCACGAGUUGCUUGUGAAAUCAAAAUAUCGCAAUGUUGACGCCACGAAAAAAGACGUGAUGCAAGUACUGAGAAUGUACCACGGAUUGUCCUACGUAUCAGAAGACUAUGUAUUCAAUGAUGGAAGUAGCAAGGUGCUGUUCAGACUCCAAGGGACAAUCCCCGUGAGCUAUAAACAGAGCACUUAUCACAUCCCAAUCUGCAUCAUUCUCAUGGAUACUCAUCCCCAUAAUGCCCCAAUGUGCUUCGUAAAGCCCACUCCUGAGAUGCAUAUCAAGGUAUCUCGGUUCGUAGAUCACAACGGAAAGGUCUAUUUGCCUUAUUUGCAUGAUUGGCAACCGAAUUCAUCAGACAUUCAGGGAUUGAUUCAGGUGAUGAUUGUGACCUUUGGGGACUUCAUGCCGGUGUAUAGUAAACCCAAGACAAAUACAGCGCCCUAUCCAACAAAUUUCAAUAUGCCCCAGGCCAAUUCUGCAAGUCCUUACCCAACUCCUUACCCCACAACUGGAUACCCUCCAUAUCCAGCAGCUUCUGGUGGCCCUAGCAAUUUUGUGCCAUACCCUCCUGCACCUGGAGCAGCCUCUAAUCCUACCACUUAUCCCAUGGACAUGCCUCUACCAAAUGCAGCAUAUCCUCAUCCUUAUUCCAAUAACUCCAGUGGCCAGGGAACUAUCACAGAUGAGCACAUUAGGGCAUCUCUGCUGAGUGCAGUUGAGGAGAAAAUGUGGAGGCGCAUUGUGGAGAGGGUGAAUCAGAGACAAGCUGAAUUGGAUACCCUGAAACGCACAAAACAGGAACUCCAGGAGGGACGCAGUAAAAUAGAAGAAAUUGUGUCAUCGUUGGAGAGGGAAGAGGUAGAUCUCAAAAGGCAUCUCUCAGUGCUUAAUGACAAAAAGGAGGAAUUGGAUAAAUCCCUGGAGGCUUUUGAGCGAAAGGAUGGGAUUGAUGUGGAUGAAGCUGUGAGCACAACUGCUCCACUCUAUCGGCAACUCAUUAAUGUUUAUGCCGAUGAGGCUGCCACGGAAGAUGCCAUAUACUACAUGGGAGAAGCUCUUAGGAAUGGAGUUAUAGAUCUGGAAGUGUUCUUAAAGUAUGUCCGGCAACUAUCCCGGAAGCAAUUUGUCCUGAGAAUUCUCAUGCAAAAGUGUCGUCAGAAAGCCGGAUUGGCAGGAUAAUUUAUCUCUUUAAAAUGUAAUCCUUAUAAUGUUUCUAUUCUAUAUUAAAAUAUUAUUAAUGUGAUUUU